GUUAAGGACUCGAGCUGCCGUUAAACCCCCCAAAUAACACGAAGAAGGAGAAGAAGCAGAAGCAGCUGCUUUUCAGUCUGCUUGUUUUUGUCGUUGAAUUUUUCAAAAAUGAAACACAACUCGAACGUCCCGGCUUUCCUCGUCAAGCUGUGGACGCUUGUCGAGGAUGCAGACACCAAUGAAUUUAUUUGCUGGAGUCAGGAGGGCAACAGUUUUCUGGUGUUGGACGAGCAGCACUUUGCCAAGGAGAUCCUCCCCAAGUUCUUUAAGCACAACAACAUGGCCAGUUUCAUCAGGCAGCUCAACAUGUAUGGAUUUCGGAAAGUGAUGCACAUUGACACAGGCAUUGUGAAACAAGAGAGAGAUGGUCCAGUGGAGUUUCAGCACCCCUACUUCAAACAUGGACAGGACAACCUGCUGGAGAACAUCAAACGGAAGGUUUCCAACACUCGGCCAGAGGACAACAAGAUUCGACAGGAAGACCUGACAAAGGUCUUGGAGAGUGUUCACAAUGUUAAUAGCAAACAGGAGAACAUCGACGUCCGACUGGCAACACUCAAGAGGGAGAAUGAAGCUCUGUGGAGGGAGAUCGCAGACCUGAGAAAGAUCCAUGUCCACCAGCAACAGCUCAUCAAAAAGCUGAUACACUUCAUCUUCACAUUGGUACAGAACAACCGCAUCCUGAAUUUAAAACGCAAGAGUAAAGUGUUUGAGCAGUCUCAUGACAUGUUGGUGUGUCACCGCCCUUCUGACAGGCCGGUUCUUAUGAACAGCAAUGGAAAGAAGUCCAAAUACAUCCAUCAGAUCUAUGAUGACAAAGUGUGUGUGGAACAGUCCUCUGUCAACAGUCUGAACGGUGUGAAGGGCUCGGAGAUAUCAGACGACGUUAUCAUCUGUGACUUGACCGAGAGCGACGUCGAGGUGGCGGCUGAGAUCACAGAGGGUUCACCCAAGGCCUACGAGCAAGGUGAUAUAGAAAUCGUGGAGGUGGAGCUGGACAGCUGUGCGGUGCUGCCAGCUGAGACGGAGGUGAGCACCACCAGCACGGAUGACAUGAAACAGACAGAGGCUGGUGUGUCGUCGUCAGCAGCAGCAGCAGACGACAGGCAGCGGAGCAGCACUUUAGACAGCAGUGGACCAAACAGCAGUGCCCUGCAGCUCAAUAAACCCUCGGGCCUGAGUCUGGAGGACCCUGUCAAGAUGAUGGACUCCAUACUGAACGAUAACGGAGCGAUAUCUCAGAACAUCAACCUGCUGGGCAAGAUGGAGCUGAUGGACUAUCUGGACAGUAUUGACUGCAGUCUGGAGGACUUCCAGGCCAUGCUGUAUGGAAAACAGUUUGGAAUGGACUUUGAUGCCCUCGAGGAGAGCGUGUCCUCCAAAGAGAACUCCUCACAGCUAAACCGAGGCAAGAGAGAGGAAGUCAACCCAGACAAGCAGUUGAUCCAGUACACCUCUUGCCCCCUGCUGGCCUUCCUUGAUGGCAGCCUUCCUCAUCCAGAGCUGGACCUGGGCAGCGGCAGCGACAGCGACAGCUCCUAUAACCCCCACCUCCAGCCCUCUUCCAGCCCCGGCGCUCCCGUGGAGGCCGAGCCGCCCUCCGAGCUGCUGGACGCCAGCCUGGAGUCGAAGCAGCCGUCCCGCAGCUCCCUGAUCCGCCUGGAGCCUCUGACGGAGGCGGAGGCCAGCGCCGAGACGCUCCUCUACCUGUGCGAACUGAGUCCCGCCGGCGCGGAGGCCGACGCCACCCUGCUGGACAGAGUGUGAGCGGGGCGGGGGACCGGUGUGACUGUUGGCUCCAUCCCUCCAUCCUCCAGACAGGGACUGAUAGUGUGUUAAUAUUUCCUCGCCUCCUCAGGCCUGAGCUGUGUGUGUUUUUGUUGAGAAGCAGUGAGAGAAGUGAAGGAAGAAAGCGACAGAAUAGCUGCAGUUGGUACCGUGUGCACAUUCGACAUGAAAGGCCUUUGCAUUGAAGAUGACAUUUGAGUUCCAGAAGUAAGACCCAUUUUCAUUCAAUAUAAUAAUAGUUUAAGAACUUAUGUUAUUUGUUAUGGGAGUCAUAAGUCGGUCAAAACAGAAAACACACACACACACAAUCAAACAAUUCAAUUCAAAACUCAUACUUUACAUACAGUAUAUCUGUAUGUGCCCAUUAAGGAGAAAUGCCCAUAAACCUUAGAAAUCAUCUUUUCUCUGCUGUAUCAACAGUAAACCAACUGAUUGUUCUGACAUCAGGACGUAUGGUGCAUUCCAGUUGAACUAGGAAGUCGGAAUUUUUGAAAGUAUUGUUAUCAACUUGUAUUGCUAACAAUGGCCAACCUGGCUGGAGUCCCCCCUACCCCCCCGUUUCCCCCGACUUGUAACUGUAACGCAGUCCCGCCCAGUUCGGACCUCCCGACGAGGUAAAUAAGAAAUCCUGUGUUAUUGGCCACCUGUUUACAUCACCCAAAGCAUGAUGGGAAGUGUAGUCCCAAAACAGAAAACCUUUUCAUCCCAAAUGGAGAAAGAAAAAAAAAACACAAAGCGUAAAACAUUCAUGCCACUUUCUAAAGCUAAGUGGCGCGUGUUGUCUGUACUCAUUAUGAGCUAUCCGCGUGAACGGGACGUUGCAUUUGGGAAAACAAUAACUGGACGCGGGACAACAACUUGGCGCUGUCAUACCUCUGGCCGUUCAUAUACACGCGUCCCGUGCUGUGUUCGAAAACCUGCAAACAUACAGGCGUUUUUCAUCGAUACUGUCUGAUUUAUUGUGAGAUUAAAUCCACGUGUAGCUCUGAUUUAGAGAUCGAGAGUGAAAACGGAGACCGUUUACUGCCAUGUGUCUGAAAUGGAAACCCAUUUCUUUUUGAUAGGAGUACUUUAUUUCCACGACUUUAGUGUUUUUUUUUUUUUUCUUCAACACGAUGCUUUCAAAGGUCAACAUGACAUGAUGUGCACAAACUAGUGGCAAGUGUAAGCACAGGGCACGAGGGCUCGGCUCCUCCUUCAGCGCAGCUUCACUCUGCCUCCUCUUCUCUUCAGCAUCUUCAGCAUCCCAUCUGAUCCUACACAGUCCUCCUGACCACCUGUAUUAACACACUGAACUUUGUAUGUACUUCUGAAAAUGUAUUUAUUCUGUUUGUUUGUUUUUUUACACACAUUUUUCUUACAUUUAUGUCCACAAAGCUAAGACUCUUCAGAUAGUGCCGGGGACUUACUUCCUUCCCUUUGAGUUCAUUCAUUUAAUGAACGCCUUAUUCUAGAAAACUGGGACAAAAGGUUAUCUCAACUAAAGCAUCAGAUUAUUAAAAAAAAAAAAAAGUCAUUUUGCAGUUUGCUCAUCACUCAGUGGUCUGGCGAAGUGGGGGGGCUGAGACAGAUUGUUGUAAAAUGGAGUGCUAAACCUAUCAACAUUUCUGAGCUGCGUAGUUCAGGUGCGUGUGUGAGGGAACGGGUGUCCAGUAGGGGGUGCUGCCGUCCAACAAAGACCCCACGAGGAUAAUAUUUGGGUCAAUUUGAUGUUGUGGUUUUUUGGGGGGGGUUUUAGGUAGCAAAGUCAUCCUAUAUUGUCAGUUUGAAUCACCUUUAUCAACGGUUUUAAACAGUAACUUUAACCUGUUGUCCCAGCUGUCAAGAAUAAAAAGGUAAACACACGAUUUCAUUAUUAUUAUUUUUUUUUUAAAGGAACUCUCUGAUAUUUGUUACAGUUGUUCCUUAACCUCACACACCUCUGAGAUUUCCGUUAAGCGCGUUAACAACUGAUCACAGUUUGGGAAGCAACCGAGAAGUGAGAGAAAUCGUGUGAGCUCUGUGAACAGCUGUAAAUGAUGAUGUCACUGUGGUGGUGUUGAGUAGCCUUAGUGUGUUCAUGUUGUGCUCUGUCCUCACUGAUAUAGAAGUGCCUGCAUCCCUUUUCCCAUUUGUUCUGCUAGAGCCCCCCCCCCCCUGUCCCACCAGCUGUCUCGUUGUUGCAGCUUUGCAGUUAAAAUAAAGAAAAUGUUAUUGUG